UGUGUGUGUGUGUGUGUGUAGCUUCUGAUGCUCUGUGGACCUCUGUGCCUGCUCAACCACAGUCGAUGCUCGCAAUAAAGGCUGGCAAACGCUCCCCAAUUUUUGUUUUUCUUGUGGCGGGAAGCCCCACUGAUUUGAGAGAUUAUAAGCUCGACCCGAUCUCAGGACGCAUCUCCCAGAAACGACUUCCUGUUUGGAGGCCAGCGCGGAAAGCAAACUCGGCCAAAGGCGAGUCACUGUUUUGGUCUGCCGGAAGACGAGAAAACAAAUGAAAAAGAUCCAGACCUCGCAAGAAGCGGAAGCAGCCCUGCCUCGCCUCCCCAGUGGCUGCUGCUCGGUCAGCUGACCGGAGUCCCGUGAAGACGGGGCGCAGAAAGGAAAGGAGGACCUUCGCCAAGGGGCUGCUGCUGCUGCCUGAUGUCUCCGCCGGCGCGCUCCUCCAUCCUUCGCUCCCCAGCGGCUGCUCUAGGGCUGCUGCUGCUCCUGCUGCUGCUCUACUUGCAGCUUCCCUCUCCUGGAGAUGCUGCUCUCUACGACCCCACGUGGGAGUCGCUGGAUUCCCGGCCGCUCCCCGCCUGGUUUGACGAAGUCAAGUUCGGCAUUUUUAUCCACUGGGGCGUCUUCUCGGUGCCAAGCUUCGGCAGCGAGUGGUUUUGGUGGUAUUGGCAGAAAGAAAAGAGAGUUCCCUAUGUAAACUUUAUGAAGAGCAACUAUCUUCCUGGUUUCAGUUACGAAGAUUUUGGCCCUUUGUUUACAGCAGAGUUUUUUGAUGCCGACCAGUGGGCAGACAUUUUGAAAGCGUCAGGUGCCAAAUAUGUUGUCUUGACUUCAAAGCACCAUGAAGGUUUUACAUUGUGGGGAUCUAAAUAUUCUUGGAAUUGGAAUGCUGUUGAUGUUGGACCCAAACGGGACAUUGUGGCUGAAUUAGCAUCAUCCAUUAGAAACAGAACUGUCUUACACUUUGGACUCUAUCACUCGCUCUUUGAAUGGUUCAAUCCUCUUUUCCUUGAUGAUGCCUCUAGUGGGUUCCUAAAAAACCAAUUCCCAAGUGCCAAGUCACUCCCAGAGCUGUAUGAGAUUGUGAACAAGUACCACCCAGAGAUUCUGUGGUCAGAUGGAGAUGGGCAUGCCCCAGACACUUAUUGGAACAGCACUGGCUUCCUAGCUUGGCUUUAUAAUGACAGCCCUGUUCGGGACAUGGUUGUAACAAAUGAUCGCUGGGGAGCUGACUGCAUUUGUAAACAUGGAGGCUAUUACACGUGUGCCGAUCGUUAUAACCCAGGACACCUUUUGCCCCAUAAGUGGGAAAACUGUAUGACGAUAGACAAAAAUUCCUGGGGAUACCGGAGGAAUGCACAGUUGAGUGACUACCUAACAAUUGAAGAGCUUGUAAAGCAACUUGUAGAAACAGUGUCAUGUGGAGGAAAUCUUUUGUUGAACAUCGGGCCCACCCACGAUGGCCGCAUUCCUGUUAUUUUUGAGGAGCGCUUGAAGCAAAUGGGGUCAUGGCUGGCCCUCAAUGGGGAAGCCAUUUUCAGCACUAAACCUUGGAGAGCUCAGAAUGACAGUGCCACACCAGGAGUAUGGUAUACAUUCAAGCCAAAAGAAGACAUUCUGUAUGCCAUUUUCCUUAACUGGCCAUCUUCAGGAACUCUGAUUCUUGGGGAACCAAAAGGCGUUACCGGAAAGACAGUGGUUAAGCUGAUUGGAUAUGAAGAACCAUUGCCAUGGGUUUCCAUGGGGGAGAAGGGAAUGAUGGUAGUCGCACCUCAAUUGCCGUUCACUAUAUUUUCGUAUCAGUGGGGCUGGACUCUGCAGCUGACUAACGUCUAUUAGCAACAGACAUCCUUCACUUUUGGUUAUUAUGACUGAUUCUUUUGUUAUUAUUAUUCUUUUGGUGAACAAUCAGAGCUCACUCACCAUGGCUUACUUCUGAGGUGACAGGGGAUAUAUAUCCGAAACAGAAAUAAUCUAUAGGAAGAUUCAUGCACUGAUCUUGUUCCAGCUUCAGUUUUUGAAAAGAGGACCUAUGAAAUUAGGCAGAAUGUACCACAACUAGGCAGGAAGUGCAAGUAAACCGCAGAGUGAAGCGAUGAACUAUUUUGAGUCCCAGGGACACAUUUCCUUUGGGGUAACCUAGGGACCAAAUGCCAGUGCAGAGCUGAGCCAGAGGCAAAAGUGAGCAGAGCAAUUAAAGUGAAUUUUACGUUGUACAGUAGGCUAGUUUUUUCACUUGCACCCCGCUCUCUAUCCUCCAGCCCCACAAGCAAGAGGGAUUACUAGAGUUUAGGGACAUAGACCAGUCAGGCAAAACCGCUCAAGGUUUUGGGCCUUGGGAAGAGUCAUCUUAUGAGGCUCACAAAAGACAGACUAAACAGAAAAGUUAUUAUGUGUCUUAAAAAGAAAAGUAUUUUGGCUUUAAAAAGCAACCAAGGGCGGCGGGGAAGUCCGCCAUGCCUAAUGUUAGAAUUGGUGCUCAAAUAACUAUGGACAAAAAGGGUUGAGGCAUUCUAAAACUGAAAUGUUGUACACUGCAUUUGACUGUAAAUCAUGUUAUUCAAAUUUUGAUGCUUGUGUUUGGGCUUGGUUUGUUUUCUAAAUGCAGGUAUUAAAUCCAGAUAAAGUUAAGUAUGACAAACAAUACAAUCCUACCAUUGUCUAUGCAACAGUCCUACUAUGUUCGAUGGAAUAUGCUCAAGUUAAGUGUUUAGGAUUGUUUUCAGUAGGGAUAAGUGCUAAGUAGCUGUGAAUUUCAACUUCUUCCAUUGGUUUCAGUAAUAUUUGAUUCCAUUUCGCUGGAGUUGGAUGCUAGAGUUUCCUCAGUCCUAUAACCUACCUCAAUAUUACCCCAUCACACUUUCCUUGAAUAUAAAAUUACAUAUUAGGACUUGGGUCAUAGUUCUGAUGAGUGAGAAAUGGCCUACAAUUAUAUACUUCUUAAAUUU